UCCUACUCCUUUGUAUACGCUUGAUGGGUACAAUGGAUGGAUGGCAGAUUUUUAUUUCCUGUGUGUGCCAUGUUCCUCCUCUAUUUGUUCCAUAUAUAUGUGAUGCUGCCUACUGUGUAGAUCUAUGAUUACCCCAAAAAAUUUAAUAAGUGAGGCUGUGUACUCACCAGAUCCAUGGUUACAAGUCAUUAGUAGUCAUAUAUUUUUGACUGUAUGCAUCACUUGUAGAUGGUCAGCAAGAUGAACAAAAGAAAAAGGAUGGCUAGGGGAGCAGCUGUUUUUGUUGCACUAGCUGCAAUGGCAGUCAUUGUUCGGGCAAUUAUAAGGAAGAGGAGACCACGUAUUACCUAUGGCCCAAUGCAUGAAAGAGAUCGAAUCAGAUAUGACUAUCUAAACCAGAAAAUUUGGCAAAGCGAUGUGUUAUGCAAAAACAUGCUAAGGUUUGAAAGAGCAGCGUUCUUUCGCUUGUGUGGCAUAUUGAGGGAUCGCAACUUGCUAGAAGAUAGUCCACAUCUUAGUGUGGAGCAACAAUUGGCAAUGUUUUUGCAUACAAUUGGGCAUAACCUUCGGAAUAGGGUUGUUUCUGCCAAUUUUGGUAGAUCAUAUGGCACAACCAGCAUCUAUUUUAGAAAGGCUCUUCAUGCCAUAGGCGAGCUUCGUAAUGAUUAUAUAAGGCCACCAUCAUUGGAAACCCCCGCAAAAAUUGCAGGAAAUCAUCGAUUUGACCCAUAUUUUAAAGAUUGUAUUGGAGCUAUCGAUGGUACACAUGUGCGAGCAGGGGUUACCAAAGAUGUGGAGCCUUCUUUUCGUGGUAGGAAGGCCUUUACCACUCAAAAUGUGAUGGCAGCAGUAGAUUUUGACCUCCGCUUCACAUAUGUGUUGGCUGGUUGGGAAGGGUCCGCACACGACGCGACUGUCUUAGCUGAUGCAUUAACUCGUGAGAGAGGCUUACAAGUACCACCUGGAAAGUACUACCUAGUUGAUGCCGGUUAUGGAACCAAGCCUGGGUUCUUACCACCUUUUCGUGGCGUGAGGUAUCAUUUGAAUGAGUGGGGCAACAAUCCGGUCCAAAAUGACAAGGAGCUAUUCAACCUUAGGCACUCAUCUCUACGGGUGACGGUAGAGAGGGCUUUUGGAUCUCUCAAGAGGCGUUUCAAAAUUUUAGAUGAUGCCAAACCAUUCUUCACUUUCCCGGUCCAAGUUGACAUUGUUAUAGCUUGUUGUGUUCUUCAUAAUUAUGCACUAUCACAAGGGAUCGAUGAAUUCAUUAUACCGGAAGUGACAUGGACCACCCAACCAAUUCGAACAUCAAGGCAACAAUUAAGUGACAAUAGGGCCUUGGUAGACCAUAGGCUACAAAUUGCUGCCCAAAUGUGGGAAGAUAGGCAACUUAUAUAUGCCAAUUUAUGAGUGCAGUGCACUAUGUAUUUGUAAUGUUUAUGCAACUACCUUUGCAUUCAUUUGAUGGCUGGACAGAUUGUGGUAUUUGUUAUGUCAAACCAUGUAUUUGUGAUGAUUUCAUCAUUUUUAUUGCAACAUUUUGAUGGCUGGACAGAUUGUGGUAUUUAUUAUGUCAAAUCAUAUAUUUGUGAUGAUUUCAUCCUUUUUAUUGCAACAUUUUGAUGGCUGGACUGAUUGUGGUAUUUAUUAUGUCAAACCAUAUAUUUGUGAUGAUUUCAUCCAUUCUUUUGCAAUUUUUUGAUG